AUGAAGGGCUUGUCUUCAAAUUCAAAAGUUUACAUUGCGACUGCCGGUUUGAUCAGCAUGCCCGGCCUGUGGUGGUUGACCACUACAAGGGAUGAUGUGCCCCGCCUCGAAAGUCCAGCGGAGCACUUGGCCCCUGAGCGGGGCCCCUCUAAAGAGGAUGUCACACAUAUCUUAUCGAAAGAAGCAUACUCCUUCCAGGUCAAAAAUAUUGCGGGCGUCAACAGAUACGACGGCGCUCAAUUGGCUUCCAAUAGCCCCUGCGAGGACCGUUUUAUUCAUGGCAAAGUUUCCUUGUCGUGGAAUGAAAAUGAUCAAUGGAUGUCCUGGGCUGUUUUUGAUGGACAUUCAGGCUGGCAGACAGCGGACCUGCUGACGAAGCAACUCCUGCCUUUCGUGGGACGCAGGUUGACCGAAGCUAAACCAUCUUCAAAUGACGAACCGGUGCCAAAUGAGUCAAUCCAGCGCGCUAUCAUGGAAGGAUUUGUGGAUCUUGACGACUCCAUCAUCAAGACUGCACCAGAGACAGCUGAGACCAACGAAGCAUUCCAAGACAAGGUUAUGAAACUGGCUCCUGCUUACGCCGGUUCAUGCGCUUUGUUAUCUCUGUACGAUCCUUCCACAAGCACGCUGCACGUUGCAUGUACUGGGGACUCAAGAGCGGUUUUGGGACAAAAAGGGUCAGACGGAAAGUGGGAAGCAAUUCCCUUGUCAGUAGACCAAACUGGCAGCAACGAAGCAGAGGUCACCCGAAUUUCGAAGGAACACCCUGGUGAGGAAAGCAUAGCCAAAGGUGGACGGGUGCUUGGGCUCAUGGUCUCACGAGCCUUUGGUGACAGUCUGUGGAAGUGGCCUGUGGAUUUCCAGAAGGAAAUGAAGCGGAAAUUCAAUGGUCCAGCACCCCUAAUACCUCGGUACGAUGUUCGCACACCCCCGUACUUGACUGCCGAGCCAGUCGUGACAAGCACUAAGAUCGAUCCUAACAAACCCUCGUUCUUGAUUAUGGCAACGGAUGGGCUGUGGGACUAUCUCUCCAGUGAACAGGGUGUUGACUUGGUGGGGAACUGGUUGGAACCACAAGGGACUGGAGAGAAAAAGAGCACACCAGUGCGAACAGAUGGAGAAUUUGACUUUGGCAGAUUCUGGAAAGAUGUGAACUGGAAGUUUGAGGAAGAGAGAACAACAACACAAGAUGGUAAUGCUGCAGUACAUCUGAUGCGAAACUCCCUUGGUGGAAACCACCACGAGUUGAUAGCAGGCCGGCUUGCCUUUGGCCCUCCUUUCUCUCGACGGAUACGGGAUGAUAUCACCGUGCAAGUUGUUUUCUUUAAUACCGAGAAGUAG